AUGCAUUUCUUUUUCAGUAUUCUGACGCUUUCAACCAUUCUUGCGCCCGUUUACGCGUGGCAUAGCGUCACUGAAGUCAAACGCGAGAUGGUAGUCAUCCCUCCUGAUAAGGCUCAUAUCCAGUUCGUCGGCGUCGAGUACAAGACUGCUACGAAGAAGCUCCGCGAGUUCUACAACUACCCUAACACGGCAAAUUCCACAAAAUGGGAGGGGAUGCACAAGUUGCUCGAAAAAAACAACACGAUCGAGGCCGGGGCUAAGACAAACAUCCUCCGCGUUCCUUUCAAUUUCAACCAGCUCUUUAUUGAGAACUCAACCACUCCUGUCAAUGAAACGGAGUUGAACAACCUGCAGUCGGUCGUGGAAGCCAUCGUUAAAAGGUACAUCUACAAAUACGCGACUCGGGCGAGACCUGGGAGAAGUGCUCAAAGACCCGGUCCCUCCCCAUUUGUGGCCAUUGUGCCUGAGGUAGUCAAUGGGACGCAACGCCUCCGAGACGCCGAUGAACUGUACCAGUUCUGGAGGAUAAUAGCCAAGAAGUUCCUGCAUAACAACCACGUCGUCUUCGAUCUCGGUCUUCCGGCCACGCCCGACAGAGCAAUCGCGGCGGACAUGAUCCAGGAAGCCAUCAGAGCGAUCCGGAGAGCUGGGGCUCGGAGGCAGUAUAUCUUCGUACCCACAGACAUGGCCACUCUGAGCGAUCCACUUCGUUUCGGUAUCCACGAUCCCUCACAUCGGACACUCUACGAAGUCGACAUCAAUAUAGUGUGCGGGAGGCGUCAUUUCCCUUACAGGGGGCCCCAUCGGAGGGUCAAGAAGAAAAAGGAAAGGGCUCCAGCGCUGAUUCGGCCGUUGAAUAAAUGGAUGGAGAAGACAAAGCGGCGGACAGUCGUCAGGCGGGUGCAAACAGACGAAGACUGCCCAUUCGAGGUCGACAAACUCUUCAAAAGAAUGGCAAAAAGGCCGGACAGGUGGGCCGGAUUCCUCUGGAAAGAAAACUUGCAUCAUAGAAAAGACUUGAAGCAACUAAGACCGUACCCAAACUCCUUAAUAGGCGGAUCGUCAUAA